UUAAAUAUUACUCACAAGCAUUCAAACAUUUAAAGAUAAUUGUGACGCUCACAUCCGGCACAUAUUACCACAGCAUAGGAAUAAAAACUGUUUUCUCAAUUCUCAAUAUAUUUUUCCGCUAUUCUUACCAAAUACAUUUAAGUAUAAACGCAAGGUAGUUAAAUCAAAAUAUGUUUACUAAUGUGACAACAUGUAUUUUAUUUAUUUUUCCGUUACUGUUUUUAAAUGGACAUAGCAAAGACUGUUUGAAAAUUAAUAGCUGUUCUUGUUCUUUUGAUGACGGUAGCGGAAGUGUGGAUCUUACAAGUUUAGGAAAUACAGAUGGUACUCCCAGAUUUAGAGACGUCUUUUACAGUGACGAGGGUUAUUAUUAUUCCUACAACCCGUGUGGAGGAUUCACUGAAGGGGAUUGCAACGCCGCGGCAGCUUGUAUUUCGAAUCAAGAUAAAUCAGAACAACAGCAAAUAGGUGACGCCUCAUCAGCCGCUUUUAAAUAUGAUGGAUCAGAAGUAGUUGCUGCAUAUACAUCUGGGGCAGGGGUAUUAAGACUGACAGAAGUAAAGCUAAUAUGUGAUCCAAAAGCAUGCGUGCCCGUAUUCGAGCCUCAAGGGGAGCAGGCAGCUGGACAAUUUGGUAUGAAGCUAACCACAAUCUGUGCAUGUCCGGGGAUGUGUGAUUCGACUGGUCCAAAAUCAAAUUGUUCAGGUGGCAGUAACAGUAGCAUGUGCUUCACGAAAUCCGCGGAAUUCACAAAGAGAUGUGACCGUGCCUACGACGGUAAAGAAGAACCAAUUAAAGUUUUGAUUAUCGACAACUGGGACGGUGUCUGCAAGUUUCCGGACAACGACGAUGUUGCUUUAAGUUUAAACAAUAACAUAUCAACAUGUGAAGAUGUAAUUAACAGGUGUAAUCCAAGUCAACCAUUUUCUGUGAAUGGAUAUAUUUGCAAAGCAGCAUAGGUUCCAACAGAACAAUUAUGAACACAGUGUUACUGCUAUGUUCAUUCAGAACAUUCGACCAAAUAUGGCUUCUUCUUUGUUUUAAAGAUGUAGAAUAUGGUUGAAAAGUAGUCAGACCUACUUGUUCAAAUUUAUGCUGAUAUUUUUAUUUUCUUAAACAAACUUUGAAGAUACACGAAAAUGUUUGAAAGUUUAUAACAAGACUUACUAUAACUUAUUUAUCUUAUCUACAACUGAACUUCCUCAGUCUCUAAUCAAUCAAUAUCAUGUGCAUUAAAAAUUGAAAAACAAAUAUUUUUGUCAACGGACACAAUAAAUUUAAUAUCAGCUAA